UCAUAAACACCCACCACCCUAUUCUUUUUCCUUCCUCUCUUUCUCUCCCUCUCUCGUUUUCUACUUCAACCAUGUCGACCGGAAGGAAAAGCCGCGGUCGCCAAAAGAUUGAGAUGAAAAAGAUGAGCAAUGAGAGCAACUUACAAGUGACUUUCUCGAAACGCCGUAGUGGUCUCUUCAAGAAAGCAAGUGAACUUUGCACUCUAUGUGGUGCCGAAGUUGCUCUUGUUGUUUUCUCACCUGGUGAGAAGGUAUUUUCCUUUGGUCACCCCAAUGUUGAUACAGUUAUAGACCGUUAUCUCUCGCGAGUCCCACCCCAACACAAUGGCACUAUGCAAUUCAUUGAGGCUCACCGCAGUGCCAACGUGCGUGAGCUUAAUGCAACCCUCACUCAAGCCAACAACCAGCUCGAUGCCGAGAAAAAACGUGGCGACGAGUUGAGUCAUUUGCGCAAGGCGACUGAGGCUCAAUUUUGGUGGGCUUGUCCUAUUGAUGGAAUGAAUAGGGCUCAACUUGAACUUUUCAAGAAGGCUUUGGAGGAGUUGAAGAAACUUGUUGCUCAACAUGCAGAUAGGAUUGUGAUUCAAGGUGCACCUACCCAAACCCUUCCAUUUUUUGUUGGAAAUGCUUCCACCUCUAAUAACCCUAUCCAUCCUCAUCAACAACAAGUUCAAAUGUAUCCACCCCAAUUUUUUCAAAACCCUAUGAUGCAACCUCAUUUGUUUGGCUUCAACAAUAUGGGAGGAGGAUAUGGGCCCACUGGAUUCUUUUGAUUAGAUCCUCCUUGGGAUGCCCUUAAUAAUUUAUUUAUUUUUAAGUGUGAUGUUUUGUUUUCAAUUAUUUUCAUUAGGGCACACAUGCUUAACUAUAGUUUCAUAACUUGGUUAGGACUGAUUAGGAUUUGGUCUUUCAUUGUUAUCUGAAAAUGUGUCAUCUUUUUGUUGUUUUGAAUUUGUGUCAUUUCUUUGCUAUGUAGUUCGAUAUGUAAUGUCUAAAUCAUGUAUUAUUCGAAUAA